AUGCCUUCGACGGCGCAUCCGGGAGGUGGUGUCGGUGCUCUCCCCAAUGGGUCCAGCCAUCCAGACCUGUUAUUUCAGCCACAUGAUAUGCACUUGUCCGGAUCAGAGCUUCCAGAUCCCUCAGUAUGGCAGGCUUUGGGAAGACAAGCCACUAUGGACCCGUUCUCGGUUGGUGAGGACAUGAACAUUGAUUCUGUUGGUCUUGACUUCUACGCCCAGAACGGAUUCGAUUGCCGCAAGGACAUCAACGAGGAAACAGGCGCGGCGAUUCUUGGACCGGUGAUAUCCUUCUCAUCUACAGUGCUCCGUAGCCAGGCCGAGGCGUCCGUCAUGGGCUCCUUGAUCGCGGAUUAUAUAGCCUGGCUUAGGAAGGUACCCCCAGGCGGUGGCGGCUCGGUCAAUGAAGGCCCGCACUAUGUGGGCAUUCUGGAGACACUCGAAACACGUGUCCGGGAACUCUGUGACAGUAGCCAGUCCAAAAGCAACAGCGCGUUGCGAGAGCUGAUAACGGCACUGGAAGGGAUCGCACCGCCUGGUGGUGCUAUGGCUACAAGACUCGCUAGCCUUGACGAGGAACUCCAGGACCAAGCACGCGAGCGUGCCGAAUUUUUCCGCUCUCGGUACAACAUAUGCGCCCUUCUGACGGAGCAGGCUCGUAACAUCUCACAAUGA